AUGAAUCCGUCUUCAUUACCUUAUUUAUCGAAUCAACCCAUGAGUAUACCUGUAGUACCGACGACAAAUCAUUCAUUUGUUCCCCAAACUCCGCCGCCACCACCGAAUGGACACCGAAAUUCACUCUCAAAUAAUACCCAAGCACGUAAUGCUUUGCCAGGAAAACAUUGUUGGGUAUGCUUUGCUACGGACGAAGAUGACUAUUCGGCUUGUUGGGUAUCGCCAUGUCGUUGCCGUGGGACAGCAAAAUGGGUUCAUCAAGAAUGCCUUCAAAGAUGGGUAGACGAGAAACAACAAGGAUCGAGUGGUGUAAAAGUGUCGUGUCCACAGUGUAAUGCAGAGUAUAUUAUUGUAUAUCCGAAACAAGGUCCAAUGGUUUACACACUUGAUUUGAUAGAGCGCAUUUUAAAUCGUUUUUGUCCGUUUCUUGCCGGUGGUAUUCUCGUUGGAUCUGUUUAUUGGACAGCAGUGACCUAUGGAGCAGUAACAAUCAUGCAGAUUCUUGGACAUAAGGAAGGUUUGAGUGUGAUGGAAAAAGCAGAUCCACUUUUUCUUCUUAUUGGCUUGCCAACAAUUCCCAUUGUGUUAAUUCUUGGUCGAAUGAUACGCUGGGAAGAAGCGGUCUUGAAAUUCUGGCGUAAACAUUCAGCAAAAUUACCGUUAAUGAACUAUUUGUUUCCCAACGAUCGCACAUCCUAUUUACCCCGUGUACCAACUGAACGUAAUGGCAAUUCAAAUCCCGCAUCUUUAACUAGACUUAUUUGUGGCGGUCUCAUCUUACCAACUAUUGCAACAAUCUUUGGUAAAUUCCUGUUCCAACGCGUCCAUUCAAACUUUCAACGCACUCUCUUAGGUGGUAUUGCCUUUAUUGUCUUAAAAGGCACUUCGAAAAUCUACUAUAAGCAAAGCCAAUACAUUCGCGAAGCGCAUCGAGAAAUUCUUAAUUACGAACCAGCGUCAACAACUAGUUCUUCACAUUAUCAUCAUCAUUAUCCACCUUCACAUCCAGCACCAGCGCCACCACCACCGCCAACGACAGUUCAUGUUCAUCAACAAGAUAUUCCGAAUGAGAUAUUUGCCAUUCCAUCAUCAGCAAGCAACUUCACCAAUGAUCAAUCACCAUCAAACUUUUAA